AUGCAACCUUCCAGCCCUCUAAAACAGCUCCCACUCACUUUGGCCAACCUAGCUGAAAUCGAAUGGAUUCUUUUGCUCAUCUCCUCAAGAUCGAACCGAGGACCACUCAAAUUCGGAACUGAAGAAUCCAUUCUUUGGCACACCUCUCUGCUGUGGGUAUCCUUAGAAUGGAUUCUUCUGCUCAUCUCCUCAAGAUCGGAUCAAGGACCACUCAACUUCGGAACUGAAGAAUCCAUUAUUUCGCACACCUCUCUGCUGUGGGUAUCCUUAGAAUGGAUUCUUCUGCUCAUCUCCUCAAGAUCGGAUCAAGGACCACUCAACUUCGGAACUGAAGAAUCCAUUCUUUGGCACACCUCUCUGCUGUGGGUAUCCUUAGAAUGGAUUCUUCUGCUCAUCUCCUCAAGAUCGGAUCAAGGACCACUCAACUUGGGAACUGAAAAAUCCAUUCUUUGGCACACCUCUCCGCUGUGGGUAUUGAAGCAAAAUUCCAGUCGGGCGGUCCAGCUAAUUUAUUUGGACCAAGUGCUCAUCACUUCUGAUAGCUUGGUCCAUUGGGGUCUCGCCAGCCUCUUUGCUGGGCAACUGUCACAAGAUACCUCUGGAUCUUCGGCCGCACGCACAUUGCUAGGGACUAAAACCAAUCCACCCCCCAAAAAUGGGGCUUCUUCGUGUUUUUUCCUGUUAAACACGCUCUGUCAUCCUCAACACACCCUGGUUUGCCUCCCCGCCUCAUGCCCAUUUGGCGGACAGCACCCCCCGCCCCUCUCCCGCAGCACAGGAAACUCUCCUUUGCCAGCCUCCGCUCCCAAAUCACCUCCAAGCCUACCCCAGACCAACGCCUUACGGAUCAUUGCUACCGCCCGCGGGAUCAUCCAAGAGGCCAGCUCGAUGACCACCCCACGAUCGAUGACCUUCAACCCGACCUGCAGCGUCACCACUCUUCUGGCCGAGGCCGAGAAACGGCUGUUCGACAACCUCAACGACAACGAUUUCUCAAGCGUCAAGCGGACCCGGCUGAUCAAGUGGAAGAAACACCGUAAGGCGGCCAACGGCGAGAGCCUGACCCGCUUGCUUGAAUCGGACAACCCCGUCGACUACACCCUGCUCUGCUUUGCGCUCUCCUCGAUCUUCAGUACCUCCCUCCGCCUCCUCCCCGCCACCGUAUCGAAUCCUCCUCUACGGCCAGCUCCAGCGGCUCUAUCCCCUAGCCUCCAAUGCGGCCGGUGUCGGCGGCCGCUCCACCGUCACCGUCACCGGGCUCAAUCCAGGCUGGGACGACCGCAACCUCUACAUUUCUGGUCCUUGCUCCUCAUCAGCGUCACCAGCAUCACCACCUCGACUGACCCCAAGACCGGCAACCUCAGCCCAACGAUCAACACCCUGUCAAACACCUCCCAGAGUGCCUUGGCCUGCGAAAGGAACAUCUCUCCCGGGGAGGACCUCAUCAAGACCCUCGUGCCCUUCCUGACCUCCGAACAGCCGCCCUUCAGGGAAGCGGCAAUCCGGGCCAUGAGCUCGAUCCACGUCUUGAUGUACCCCACCCUGCUCGAAGGCCUCUCGGGCCUCGCCCACCAUCUGACCAGCGAGCGCAAGAUGAUCGAGGCCCAGAAGGACCGCUCCGCCCGGCCUAACGGGACCGUCAAGAUCAUCAGACUCUUCUCGGCCAUUGGCAAGCUCCACGAAUCCACCACCAAGCUCUUGUUCCAUCCCGACUACCGCAUCGCCGACCGCACCGUCGACAUCCUGGCCACCUUCUCCCACGAGACUUGCAUCUUUCUCAAGUCUCAGCAGCAUCUCGACAACCUCGUCUCCCUCUCCAUCCGCAAAUCCUUCCUCAUCUUUGCCAAACAACUGCUCAGAAAGACCGCCCUCUCGCGCCCGUCUUCCUCGCCCGGCCAUCCGCAUCUCUUCCCGAAGGAGCUGUUCAUCGAUUUCUACAAUCUGGCCGAAGACUGGAGCACCCGCGCGAUCAGCUCAUCCUCCUUGCAGCCCCAAUCUGCCCACGCCAACCUGAGCUUCGGCCAUCCCCCUGGGAGCGACCCUCAUCCCUCGCGCAGCGGGUCGAUGUCCAGCAGGGCUAAUGUGCCGCAACGGGGACGGCCGUCUGCGUCCUCGACAACCAUCUCGGGCGAUCUUCUUCCGGCCUCUGCAUCGAUGAUUGCGACGCUCUGCGAGAUUUAUCUCGACGUUUGGGUCGCCAGUGGCUCCCAGAAUUGGCCCAAAAGUAUUGCCGAUCGCCCCCGUAUUAGUGUCUCGCGACUGUUGAGAUGGAUCGUGAUGCUGUUUGAAAAGAAUGAUCCGAAGUCCCAUGUCCACGCAAGACGGGCGUUCAUCGGGUCUGUAAGAAAUAGCAGCGAAUCCAAUCGGCUCUUAGAGGCCGCCCUGACGCUUUGCUGGAAUGAGUCUUCCAAGGCGAUGCCGUUGCUGCAGACUCUGUUUGGGGUCUUGGGGAACGCAUUGAUAUUGGACCCGAGCCUCCAGAUCCGCGACUUGGCAUUACUCGUGAUCUGUCUGGCCCGGCUGACCCAUUCUGACCUGACGAUGCGGCAGCAAGCCAUCGACCUUUUGAAAGCGCGCGGGAUGCUAGGCACGCAGCUGGACCUCUUGUCGGACGUGGAAGUCAACCUGGCGAGCACCUUUGCCGGCCAGCAUCUUGCCGCCCAGUUCCGUACCUCGGCCACCGUCUGCAGCUUGCGCAAAGUGGCAGCGGUCAACUUCAUCCUCGAGCUGGGCUCCCGGAUCAUCCAGACUGAUCCGCAGAAUCGUCCAGCUGACGUGGUCAUACUUGCAUCGGAUUGGAAGAACGUCUAUCCGUCCGAAGUUUCCCUUGACACCUUCGUCUCCUUGGUCCAUUUCAUCCUGUACUGGCAGCUAGACUAUGGCACCGACUUUGUCCUCAGAACCCUUCUCACCUACGCCAAUGACGCCAACAAGAACAACCAAGGCUUGGUUGCCCAAACCGGGGCAGAACAGAUCAUGAUCGGAAUCACCAGCAGCUUGAGAGCGCUCACCUCACUUGAAAAGGCCCAAGACCCGCCCUACCCAACCCAAGACCAUCACCAGCCCUCGAAAAAUUCUUCAAACCCCCACAUCAUCUAUGACCCCAAUUACUCCUGCAGGGCUCAGGCUAUCAAAUGCUCUGCUACAUCCUCAGGAAAGCCGCCUAGCCUGCACAGCAUGAUACCUGACUUGAAAUCAUGGUUUGCGUACAAGCCUUCAAGCGAUUUGACACAUGUGAAGAUCCACGCCUGGGACUAUUGGCGCUAUGUGAUUUUGAGAAUCAAGCAGAGCCAGCCUUUGGAGACGCUCAAUGCCGAAGAACUGGCCUUUAGUGGACAGCAGAUCGAGCUGGAUCAGUACGACCAAGCCCAUGAUGCGGAUUGUGGUCAGGAUCGAAAGAAGAAAGAAGACAUCUUGGCAGCCGAGUUGGAGUGGGUUCGUGGUGCGCUCUGGAUCAAUCCUAAUGACCAGAGCGCAUGGCUCUUCCACCACUGGUUGCUGAGCCAAACACAAGACGAGCAGAUCCUGGCGGCCAAGCACGCCUCAAUCGCUGAGCUACUCGAAGUCGAGCCCAACGCCAAAUGGGCCAUCGCCGCUCUCAUCCGGGCUCGCCCCGCAGAGCAUGCCCACCUACUUGAACGUCUGAUCACGCUUGACCCGCUCCGCAGACAACGGUAUCUUGACCUUGUCCAGCCCAAUCCCAAGGCAGAUUGA